CCUGAUUUCCUGACCCCCCCGCCUUCCCUAAACCCUAAACCCCUCCUGUUCCCCUGAAACUGGGUCGCAGUCCCGCCCUCUUCUGUGGUACUUCCUGUUCCCGGCUAACCCUGGCCUGGGGCCGGGGGCCGAGGAUGACCGUGGCCUGAGUGACCCCGGGGGACGGCGCCGAUCGGGUUGGGCGGCAGAACCGGACCCCGGGCGGGAGGGGCGGCGGGAGGGCCUCGCGCUGCGUGCGCGGGGUCCCGGCGGGCGGCGGGGCUGGGGCUGACUCCUGUCUCAGGAUGCCCGGGGAGGAGGAGGAGCGGGCGUUCCUGGCGGCCCGCGAAGAGCUAGCGAGCGCCCUGAGGAGGGAUUCCGGGCGGACGUUUUCUCCGGAGCAGCUCCAGCCCCUACUGGCCACCUCUCUGCCGCUAGCCGCCCGCUACCUGCAACUGGACGCCGCACGUCUGAUCCGCUGCAACGUUCGCGGGGAGCCCCGACACUACCUCAACACUCUCUCUACGGCCCUGAACAUCCUGGAGAAAUACGGACGCAACCUCCUCAGCCCUGAGCGGCCCCGUUACUGGCGCGGGGUCAAGUUUAAUAAUCCUGUUUUUCGAAGUACGGUGGAUGCUGUGCAGGGGGGCCGGGAUGUUUUGCGAUUGUAUGGCUACACAGAGGAGCAGCCAGAUGGGUUGAGCUUCCCCGAGGGGCAGGAGGAGCCAGAUGAGCACCAAGUUGCAACAGUCACACUGGAAGUACUGCUGCUGAGGACAGAGCUUAGCCUACUGUUACAGAAUACUCACCCAAAGCAGCAAGCACUGGAACAACUGCUGAAAGACAAGGCUGAAGAAGAUAUGCUGCAGCUCUCAGAGUUUGCCCUUGUGAGAGAGAUUGCUCCUGGCUCCCUCACUACACUCUCUGCCCCAGGCUCUACUCCUGGUCCCUGCUUCCUCUGUGGUUCUGCCCCUGGCACACUGCACUGCUCAGCCUGUAAACAGACUUUGUGUUCAGCUUGUGAUCGUCUAUUUCAUGGGCACCCAUCUCGUGCCCAUCACCUCCGCCAGACCCUGUCUGGAACCCCCCAGGCCACCCACCUGAUCCCCAGCUUACCUGCCUCAGCUCCAUCAUGGCCUCAGUCAACCUCCCAGCUGGCCCUGGGAGACAGCGCUUUAUCUUCCCCUGAUCCUGCAAGUGCCCGUCUGCCGUGGCACUGUGCUGCCUGUGCCAUAAUGAAUGAACCUUACGCCGUGCUCUGUGUGGCCUGUGAUCGACCCCGAGGCUGUAAGGGGCUGGGGACUGAGGGUCCCCAAAGAGCUGGGGGUCUAGAACCCCUUGCACGGGGUCGCUGGGCCUGCCAGAGCUGCACCUUUGAGAACGAGGCGGCAGCCGUGCUGUGUGCCAUCUGUGAGCGACCUCGCCUGGCGCAGCCUCCAAGCUUGAUGGUAGAUUCUCGGGAUGCUGACAUUUGCCUGCAGCCCCUACAGCAGGAGGAUACUUUGCUCUCCUUUGCCCAGACUCACGUCUGGUACUGUAGUCACUGUACCUUCUGCAACUCGGGCCCCGGCUGGGUGUGUGCUAUGUGCAACCGGACCAGCAGCCCCACCCCAGUACAGCACACCUCCCGGCCUCAUGCCAGAUCUUUGGAAGAACAUCUCCACGAGCCAGGGCCCUCACGACGCUUCAGUGCCCCCGUGCCCAGUUCCUGUGGGGACCCUGAGAAACAGCGCCAAGACAAGAUGCGGGAGGAAGGUCUUCAGCUAGUUGUCAAGAUCCGGGAAGGGGAAGCUUCAGGUGCCUGCCCAGAGGAGGUCUUCUCGGCGCUGCAGUACUCGGGGACCGAGGUGCCCUUACAGUGGUUGUGCUCAGAGCUGCCCUGUGUGCUGGAGAUGGUGGCUGAGCUGGCUGGGCAGCAGGACCCGGGCCUGGGUGUCUUUUCCUGUCAGGAGGCCCGGAAAGCCUGGCUCGACCGUCACGGCAACCUUGAUGAAGCUGUGGAAGAGUGCGUGAGGGCCCGGCGGAGGAAGGUGCGGGAGCUCUGGUCCCUGGGCUUCGGGCCCGAGGAGGGGUCUCUUCAGGCUUUGUUCCAACACGGGGGUGACGUGGCCCGGGCCCUGACUGAGCUGCAGCGCCAGCGCCUAGAACCCUUCCACCAGCGCCUCUGGGACAAUGGCCCUGAGCCCACCCCUUCCUGGGACAGUCCAGAUAAGCAGAGCCUAGUGAGACGACUUUUGGCAGUCUAUGCCCUCCCCAGCUGGGGCCGGGCAGAGCUGGCUCUGUCACUGCUGCAGGAGACACCCAGGAACUAUGACUUGGGGGACGUCGUGGAAGCUGUGAGGCAUAGCCACGACCGGGCCUUCCUGCGCCGCUUGCUUGCUCAGGAGUGUGCAGUGUGUGGCUGGACCCUGCCCCGCAACCGGAUGCAGUCCCUGACUUCCUGUGAGUGCACCAUCUGUCCUGACUGCUUCUGCCAGCACUUUACCAUUGCCUUGAAGGAGAAACACAUCACAGACAUGGUGUGUCCUGCCUGUAGCCGUCCUGACCUCACCGAUGACACGCAGCUGCUCAGCUACUUCUCCACCCUCGACAUCCAGCUUCGAGAGAGUCUGGAGCCAGAUGCCUACGCACUAUUCCACAAGAAGUUGACUGAGGGCGUGCUCAUGCGGGACCCCAAGUUCUUGUGGUGUGCCCAGUGCUCCUUUGGCUUCAUAUAUGAGCGCGAGCAGCUGGAGGCGACAUGUCCCCAGUGUCACCAGACCUUCUGUGUGCGCUGUAAGCGCCAGUGGGAGGAACAGCACCGAGGCCGCAGCUGUGAGGAUUUCCAGGACUGGAAGCGCAACAAUGACCCAGAAUACCAGGCGCAGGGCUUGGCAAUGUACCUCCAGGAAAAUGGCAUUGACUGCCCCAAGUGCAAGUUCUCAUACGCACUGGCCCGAGGAGGCUGCAUGCACUUUCACUGCACCCAGUGCCGCCACCAGUUCUGCAGUGGCUGCUACAAUGCCUUUUACGCCAAGAAUAAAUGUCCAGACCCUAACUGCAGGGUGAAGAAGUCCCUGCACGGCCAUCACCCCCGAGACUGCCUCUUCUACCUUCGGGACUGGUCUGCUGUCCGGCUCCAGAAGCUGCUACAGGACAAUAACGUCAUAUUUAACACAGAACCCCCAGCAGGGGCGCGGGCAGCUCCUGGAGGUGGCUGUCGAGUGAUGGAGCAAAAAGAGAUUCCCAGUGGGCUCCGGGAUGAAGCCUGUGGCAAGGAGACUCCAGCUGGCCAUGCUGGCCUCUGCCAGGCACACUACAAAGAGUACCUAGUGAGCCUCAUCAAUGCGCACUCACUGGACCCAGCCACCCUGUAUGAGGUGGAGGAGCUGGAGACGGCCGUGGAGCGUUACCUGCACACGCGGCCCCAGCCCCUGGCUGGGGAGGAUGCCCCCAGCUACCACAGCCGCCUGUUACAGAAGCUGACCGAAGAGGUGCCCUUGGGACAGAGUAUCCCCCGCAGGAGGAAGUAGCUGGCAAUGUUCCACAUGAGCGUCCCGUGGCUGGACUCCCUCAGGAACAGCUUCAGCACCAAUAAAGAGGCAUCUUCUUGCCCAGG